CAGAACUUGUUCCCAAGUUCUAAAAAACCAACUUGAUUCUUGCUCUUUGGACAUGUCUUCUAUACCAACACCAUCUGUAUUCUCAGUCAAUCAAGGUUUUGGCAUCUUAGCUGAGGUCUCAUUUGCUCCUCAGUGGAAUGAGAGAUCAUGCUAAGUCUGUAGGGUGGCAUUAGCUACAUGAUUACUUCGAAGGGAUGCCAUGAGAGAAGGAUGCCUCAGCCUCAGCCUCAGCCUCAGCACUAAGAGAGUGAAACACUGUGCCAUGUGAAACUCCAUUUGCCUGAUGAUGAUGCCGGAGGAAGCUUUCCCAUUGGCGUCCAGGGGUUUGUGGUCGUGAACCGGACCGGUCUUCUCCUCUGUUGAUGACGUCGAACCCGGUCAAUUAAAUCCCGCUACUCAGCCCGAACCAAACCCGGCUCAAACUUAAGGCGUUAAUUUAACCAAAUCGGACCCCCAUCGCUCCGCCCUUUCUCCCCGUCCUUCACUACUUCCGCCCUUUCCUCUCGUCUCUGCCGCUUCUUAAUUCACGGAGGAACGCCUAGGGUUCCGCCCCGACAUCGCUCCCCUCGCCACCCCGCCAUGGAGCCGCGGCUGCAGCACCCCAAGAACGGCCUCUUCUUCUCUGAUCUCUUCGACUUUGGUUUAAAUCUAUGUUGAACCAUUUGCAAUUAACCGCCAAGGUUCGCGUUGAAUUGAGUCGGGUAGGAUGUCGCCGUGCAUUUAAUUGCGAUAGAUACGGCGUCGGGCUGCGGCUCGUGCCUCGCACUUCUGCAGCUUCCUUGCCGCUUCGGAAGCCUUUCACACAUGCGGAGCUGACUUCCUGAAUCCGCCCAAAUCAAGUUGAUGUCACGCACGCAGCUCAAUAGGGAACGAUUUCUUGCUUCCUGAGGAGCCCUACCGCACCGCAUUCGCCGUCUUGUGUUGGGUUCGGCCGGCCUGCCAAGGAAGCUUCUGAGGAGGAGGAACAGAGAGGAUCCAUGGCGACGGCGCUCUUGCCUUCAUCCCCCUUCUCCGACCGUCUCCGGAGAUCCUUCCCUGAUCUGAAAGUGAAAUCACUUGGUCCUUGGAUGUUUCUGCUUCUGUUUCUUGUCGUUCCGAACUUGGCUCAGUCCCAGAUACUCUUCCAGGGCUUCAACUGGGAGUCGUGGAGGCAGCAAGGCGGCUGGUAUAACUUCUUGAAAGACAAAGUCUCUGAUAUAGCCAACGCUGGAGUCACCCAUGUCUGGCUGCCUCCGCCCUCGCACUCUGUCGGCGUUCAAGGUUACAUGCCGGGCCGGCUCUACGACUUGGGUGCUUCCAAGUAUGGGAAUCAGGAUGAGUUGAAGACGCUGUUCGGUGCUUUCCACGACAAGGGAGUCAAAUGCGUGGCCGACAUCGUCAUCAACCAUCGUUGCGCAGACAAGCAAGACGGGAGAGGCAUAUGGUGCAUCUUCGAAGGCGGAACCGAUGAUGCCCGCCUCGAUUGGGGUCCACACAUGAUCUAUAGGGACGACACACAGUACUCCGACGGCACCGGCAACCUCAACACCGGCGAGGGCUUCGCGACGGCUCCCGACAUCGACCCUACAGAUCAUGUGUGGACCCCAAUCGAGGCGGGCAUCAUCGGUUCCGCCUUCGAAGGUGCACCAUAUGCCUCUCCCGUCUUGCUUGUCUGCGCAACGAUGGUUGAUGACGAUGUCGGCCACGCAUUUGACUACCUUGUCGUGGAAAGCGUCGAUCAGCGCCUUCAACUCAUCCUGAUUCCCAUACUUGGAAAGCGUUGAUCGGCGCUUUCCACGACAAGGGAGUCAAAUGCGUGGCUGACAUCGUCAUCAACCAUCAUUGCGCAGACAAGCAAGACGGGAGAGGCAUAUGGUGCAUCUUCGAAGGCGGAACCGAUGAUGCCCGCCUCGAUUGGGGUCCACACAUGAUCUGUAGGGACGACACACAAUACUCCGACGGCACCGGCAACCUCAACACCGACGAGGGCUUCGCGGCGGCUCCCGACAUCGACCACCUCAACACGCAGGUCCAGCGUGAGCUCACGGACUGGCUGAACUGGCUCAAGACUGACAUCGGCUUCGACGAGUGGAGGCUCGACUUUGCCAAGGGUUACUCCUCAAGCAUCGCCAAGAUCUACGUCGAACAGACGCAGCCAAACUUCGUGGAGGCUGAGAUCUGGAGUUCAUUAGCUUACGGAAACGAUGGGAAGCCAGCAUACGAUCAGAACUGGCCUCUGAUGCUGACCUCUACAUGGCAAUGAUUGAUGGGAAGAUAUUGACAAAGCUAGGCUCGAGAUACGACGUGGGGAAUCUCGUUCCUUCCAACUUCCACAUCGUUGCCUCUGGCAAUGACUACUGCAUGUGGGAGAAGAGAUGAAGACGAUGAUGAUGAAUCAUGGAAGAGACUUUUCGCUUCUCUUUCGUUAACGUUUCUCAUCUGUGUUGUAAGAAAAAAAUAUCGUUUCUCAUCUUUGUAAAUCUAUUUUAGUGUGAAAUCUUGGGUGUUGUUGUUA